UGCGGGCUGUCCAGGCUCAGACCAGAAUUUCACAUUUUCUGGGUGGAUCCGGCUUCUAGUUAAAAAAACAAACAAACAAAAAACAUGGUGGGUCUUACACUACUGGGGUUAGGGCAACCUUGAAACUCUAGCAAUCACAACAGACUACAACUGUGUUCACUUAAAUGUGAUACUGCCUUACAAGGAAACUUUUUUUUUUCCAUGUGAUUUCAAGAUACACAUUUAAGUGACCAUGUAUAACGAACAAGAAGAAAAGAGGUAAAGAAAUGCAAGCGAAGUUUCAUGUCAAUAGCUUUUCUCACAUCAAGCAGGUAUCCUGGGUUCAGGCCAGUGAGCAACUUGAAGGGAAUGACUGAGACCUGGAACUUGACUUUUAUGUUCUUUAAGAAGCCCAUGUAACAAGCAAAGCACAGAUCAGAUGUGUUCACGGUAGCCCGUGUUGCUUAGGAGACAAGCUGCAGUGGUCUGUACUUGUUGGAGUAUCCUAAGGGCUGAGGGCUUCAUGCCCAGGUAUAUCGCACUGAUGUAGUCCUGAUGAAAGUGAGAAAAAUGUGAAUAACUGAGGCUAGGUCAUCAUUCAUGAAGAAGAGAUGGACUCUCAUUCCCAAAUGGAGAAGGUAGAAAGCAUUACUCAUGGAUGCAGCUAUGUGAGAGCUUAGCAUCAGUGAGGAAUCAAGGCAGCACUCCCAUACUAUGGACUGGACUGAAACUUUUCAAAAUGCUUUCCUCUGCCCAGCUGCAUCACCUCUGUCUUGCUCAGGAUCAGCGUCACCCAGCUGCUGUUCAACUGAGUGGUGUGGUCGUAUAUAGUGAAGAAUAGGUAGAACUGCUACCACUUGAGUCCAUGUCAUCUGACCAAUUCACUCAGUGGCUGCAUGUAGAUCUUGAAUGGAACUAGAGAGAUAAUUGAUCCUUGUGGAACUCUACAAGUGAGAAGGUUAGUGGCAGAGGUGCAGUUUCUCAUCACUACUUAUUGGGUGUGUCCCUCCAGGAAGGAUUCAGACCAUUUAAGCACAUUACCCUCCUACCUCCCUCAGAUGAGACAACAGUAUUGUAUGGUCAACAGUGUUAAAUACUACAGAGAGGUACAGAAGAAUGACAAUGGAUGUCUGCCUUCUAUCCACUGAUAGGAAGAGAUCAUCUAUCAGUGCCACUAAAGUGGUUUCAGUUCCAUGUUUUGGUGUGAAUCCGGAUGGUGCCAGGUCUAGGAUAUUAGCUCCAUUAAGAUGAGCCUGAAGUUGGCCUUCGGCUAGUUUAUUUAUGAGCUUGGAGUUUUGUACCUAUGGGUUUGUCAACACAAAUGUUGAAGUCUCCCAGGAUGACAAGUCUGGAGUAUUCCACCACCAUCACCAACAAGGCUAAAGAAGAAAGAAUAGUUGUGCUGGAAACAGAAAAUGCUCUUCUUCAUCUGAAACUUGCAGAGUGUCGAGGGUUGAUUGGAAGAGACACUAAUGAAGUGGCACAGCUUAGCUUUGUUCAUGACAAGCAACAGAACUUGUGUAGAGGCACGAGCUCCGUUAUAAUCCAGGUUUAUGGAGCAAUACAGAGACUUAAGCAAGACCUGAAGAAUCUCCAUUCGUUUGCUCUUGAGCUUUCAAGAGACUUUCAACAUCAAUGCAAGAAUUCUCUUUACCAAGUUUUGACUGCUGUCCAAAGGAUCCAGCUGCAGAAUGAAGCUAUGCACACAUUCCGGACAAAAGCAUUUGAUCUCGAGCAGUCUUUACAUGAAGUUAAUGAGAGAUACCAGCAAGAAAAACAAAAGAGAAAAAUACUUCACAACAGUUUAGUUGAACUGAGGGGAAAUAUCAGAGUGCACUGCAGGAUCCGUCCCUUAUUGCCUUUUGAUACUGCUUCUGGACAUUCAGUCUCACAAUAUAGGCACAGAAAGCUUUCAGAAGAAGUGGCACAUGCUACUGAUGAUGAAACUGUCCUUGUAAAAUGCAAUCGUCCUGGUCAUACUUUGAUCAACAAGACAUUUCAGUUUGACAGAGUUUACAGUGCUGCUGAGUCUCAAGACACAGUGUUUGCAGAUGUGGCCCCUUUGCUUACAUCUCUGCUGGAUGGAUACAAUGUGUGUAUUAUGGCUUAUGGACAAACAGGGAGUGGGAAGACGUACACAAUGUUGGGACCGCAAUCUGAGGAUGAUGUCACUCUUUCAAUAGAAGAUGAACCAGAGCUGGGAAUUAUUCCUAAAGCCACAGAAGAAGUCUUCAGGAUUAUUUCAGAAAAGCCACCAGGAAGUCAUUGGGUUGAGGUUUCUGUUGUAGAAGUAUAUAAUAAUGAAAUUUUUGAUCUUCUGGCCAAAGACAGCUGUGGAAGAGUAUUUGGCGUUAAACGUGACGUUGUCACAACCAAGGAAGGCAAGAGCGAUGUGCCAUUGCUUACCUAUGAGACUGUUGAAAAUGCUGUAGAAUUCUUACAGCUAGUUGAUAAAGGUCUGCAGCUAAGGGUCCAACAUCCAACACUGGUGCAUGCUCAUUCCUCUCGCUCUCAUCUGGUAGUGACAUUGACCAUAACCACGAAGGCUGUCUCUGCAGAUAGCGUUGCUCCUCUAUGGACAGAUGAACAGUCUAGUCCAAGGCUAAGUAAAGAGCUUUUCUGCACCUUUCCUCAACAAAUGAAAGAUGAUAAACUCAUCUUUCCUUCCAGAGCCUCUUCUCCAGCACAGUUUGAAUCUACUGAGAAACUGAAGCACAUCAAAACUAAACUACAGCUGGUGGAUUUGGCGGGCAGUGAAUGUGUUGGUAUGUCUGGAGUGACAGGAGUAGCCCUGCGAGAGACCUCGUUCAUUAACCGUAGCUUAUCAGCUCUGUCAGAUGUGCUUGGAGCAAUAGCAGAGCAGCGCUCUCACAUUCCGUAUAGAAACAGCAAACUUACCCACCUACUCCAGGACUCCAUAGGGGGCAACGCUAAAUUGCUGGUGAUGCUGUGCAUCUCCCCCUGCCAGAAGUACUUAGCGGAAUCGCUGCAAUCCUUGGGAUUCGGAACUCGUGCUCGGCAAGUCCAGAGAGGACAAGUCAAGAAAAGAAAUCUGCCGGUGUCUAGCAAAUCAAAAUAAAAGCUAAGGCUUCUGUGGAUUAAAGUAUUAUUAAUGAGUUCCUCAGACUGAAAUGUAUCUUGUUGUCAUAAAGCCAUGCUUUAAGAUGUAAACUGCCAGUUAAAAUAAACACUCCUCAAUGUGGCAUUAACAAAGCCAUAAACUUGCUGAUAAUGUUCUUGUUCCAAAGAUAACAGGUAUUGAAAAUGGCUACCAAGCAUGACGGAUGGCAUGGCAUAGAAAUAGAUUAUUCCUUUUAGGGGAGCAACAUGAACACAGAGUUUUAGAGCAAAUGUUUAGCAUUGGGAAAUAAGUAAAUUAAAUCAGCAGUGCACUGAUCUUGGACAGUUUGCACUGGAAGGGCUGAAUCUCUGUCCUGUUAAUUCGGUAAAAAAUACAAGUCUUUAAAUACUCUGUUUCAUUUCAGUAUCUCAAACUUGGUGGGAAUAUUUGGUUUGAUGUUCGGGUUAAAAUUAGGCACAUAUCUUGCUGACUUGCUCUUCUCUCUCUAGCAUUGGGUUAUUCCUAACACAUUCCUAUACCCUCAAGAAAAAAACAGGACCCAAACAACCUAACUUAAAGUACCAUGCUUUAACUACUAUGGCAGUCUUCUUCUAGCUGCUUUUGCCAUCUUCCCUGUGCUGAAGGUGUAGGAUGGUGGGUUGAGGUUUGUGAAUGAAAUGACAUUGAGGGAGGAGUCUUAAGCAAUUUCAAAUAACAUUACAGAUUGAAAGAGAUUCUGAGGUAUGUAGUUGAGUUUUAUUAACAUCUAAUGUGUGUUCGUGCUGUUUGAAUGCUCAGUAGAGGCCAGUGAUUCACUCUGACUUUUUGC